GUUAAAAACAGUGAUGAUGUUACUGAAAAGAACAGAGUAUUCUUUUUGAUUUGGGUUUAAUUACAAUGCUUAAACUCGUUCGUUAGCCUGUCUUUGCAUGUGCGAGCUGAAUGAAGAUUGGCUCCAGCAAGUCGCCCCCACGUUUUGUAAAACCGCCCCCACUAUUAUCCACCGAAGGAUUUUUCUGGGGUUACCGAGUGGACUUCAGAGAUUCCAUUUUCGACUUUCAGGACUUGGUCACCGGAGGAAAUAUCAUCGUUUGAGCGAGAGGUACGAGCUUUGUUUUUCAGUUUCAGCCCAUUUACUGAUGUGGGGUUGCCACAUUUUGUCGAUUACAGCAUUUGGGUUGUUCUAGUUUUGCUGAAAUUGUACUGCACUUUGUUGAUCUGGUAGAUUUGAGGUUUUUUUGUUUUCAUGGUUUGAGUUCUUCUGGUUUGGAUUGACUGGGGGGGUUUUGUUGGGGUUUCUUUGAAGUUUCUUAGCUGUAGAGUAUAUUGAAUCAGUGUUUUUGCUGUACGUUCUUUGUGAAUUUGGAGCGAUUUUAGAUGAGUUUGGUGAUACAUUGACUGAGAAGUGGUAUUUGGGUUGUGAUUACAUUGUGAAGCUUAUGUGUCAAUGAUUUUUGAAUCCGGAAUGGAGGUGUAGUGUUGGAUUUUGUACUUAUUUAAGGGUCUGUGAAUUGGAUUAUGGCUUCACCUUCUCCAAGUAUUUCUCCUCCUGAGAAUCCAUCAGAUUCUUCAUUUUUUUCACCUCCUUCUCCUUCUCCUCCGGCGGAAUCUGCAACCUCUCCCUCAUCUCCAACAUCCUCUGUGCCUAAUCAGACUGGUGAACCUCCUUCAUCACCUUCUAGUUCUUCAGCUCCACCUCCUCAAUCACCACCAGCUGUUCCUGAUCCUUCUCCUACAUUGUCUCCUCCUCCGGUGACAGCAUCACCUGCUCCACCAACAUCCUCACCUCCUUCUCCCCCUACUGGUUCCACACCUUCACCCCCACAAUCUUCGCCCUCACCACCGCCACCCUCGACACCAUCCUCCCCAUCACCACCUUCAACAUCAACCUCUCCACCGCCACCUUCAACAACGACCUCUCCACCGCCACCUUCAACAACAACCUCUCCACCGCCACCUUCAACAACAACCUCUCCACCACCACCUUCAACAACAACCUCUCCACCACCACCUUCAACAACAUCACCAUCACCACCUCCCCCCGAGGGAUCCACUCCCUCUCCUCCUCCACCUGAAGCUUCACCUUCCCCUCCUGAAUUGUCACCUCCGCCACCACCAGCAGCGGAAGGUGGUUCUCCACCUCCUCCAUCCAAUCCUAGACCUCCAUCUUCAACUCCUUCUCCCCCUCCCCCCGAAACGAUUUCACCUCCUCCAUCUCCACCAACUAAUGUCCCAACACCACCUUCAUCAACAGGAGAACCACCUAAAGUAUCUCCCCCAACCCACAAGGUUUCUCCUCCUCCUGAUUCUCAAUCUCCACCUUCAGAUAACUCCCCUUCACCAAGACCCACAGUACCAUCACCUCCUCCUUCAGUCCCUUCAUCGUCUGCUCCUCCUCCAGUUGGUGAUCCUGGUUCUCCAACUAAUUCAUCUAGUGGAAGUCCUGUUACUCCUCCAGUUUCUGUUACACCAGAACAACCAAUUCCACCAAUCAAUGGUACCAAUACUACAGCAAAUAGCUCAGCCACUGGUAAAGGGGGUUUCAGCACUGGAACAUCUGUGGCAGUUGGCAGUGUGGUUGGUGUUCUAUUCGUCAGUCUUGUUAUCAUGGUUAUGUGGUUUGUUCAGAAACGGAAGAGAAGAAAGAAGAAUAUCCCUUACACCAUGGCUUCUCCUUUUUCCUCCCAAAACUCAGAUUCCCUCUUCCUAAGGCCUCAUUCUUCAGUUCCUGUAUUAGGAAGUCGUACUGAUAGUGAGUUCAAGUAUUCACCAUCAGAAGGAGGUGGAGUAGGUAAUUCGAGAUCGUUUGCUUAUGAUGACCUACACCAGGCAACAGAUGGGUUCUCAUCAAAUAAUCUUUUGGGGGAAGGUGGUUUUGGUUGUGUGUACAAAGGCACCCUUGCAGAUGGAAGAGACGUAGCUGUUAAACAACUUAAAGUGGGUGGUGGUCAGGGAGAACGAGAGUUCAGAGCUGAAGUUGAGAUUAUUAGCCGAGUACACCAUCGGCAUUUGGUUUCCCUGGUUGGUUACUGUAUCUCUGAUUAUCAAAGAUUGCUUGUCUACGAUUAUGUUCCAAACAAUACCCUUCAUUACCAUCUACACGGGGAGAACAGGCCAGUUUUGGCUUGGGGUACACGUGUUCGAAUUGCUGCUGGUGCAGCUCGUGGAAUUGCUUAUCUACAUGAAGAUUGUCAUCCACGCAUUAUUCACAGGGAUAUUAAAUCGUCUAACAUUCUUCUUGAUAUCAACUUUGAAUCUCAGGUUGCUGAUUUUGGGCUUGCUAAAUUGGCACUGGAUUCACAUACUCAUGUAACAACUCGUGUCAUGGGAACCUUUGGAUAUAUGGCCCCAGAGUAUGCAACAAGUGGGAAAUUGACAGAUAAAUCUGAUGUUUUCUCUUUUGGGGUUGUACUUUUGGAGUUGAUUACUGGCCGAAAGCCUGUAGAUUCUUCUCAGCCUCUAGGGGAUGAGAGCUUAGUUGAAUGGGCUCGACCAUUGCUUGCGCAAGCUAUUGAGGAGGAGAAUUUUGAUGAAUUGGUGGAUCCAAGGCUAGACAACAAUUACAUAGAUAGAGAAAUGUUUCGGAUGAUUGAAGCAGCAGCCGCUUGCGUUCGUCAUUCGGCAGUAAAGAGGCCAAGAAUGAGUCAGGUGGUGAGAGCUCUAGACUCUUUAGAUGAAAUGUCAGAUCUUGCAAAUGGAGUGAAACCUGGGCAGAGUGGAGUGUUUGAUUCAGCUGAGCAUUCUGCUCAGAUUAGAAUGUUUCAAAGAAUGGCUUUCGGCAGUCAAGAUUACAGUUACGGUUACUCUGAUCGAGAUCGAAGUCGAAGUUAUAGUCAAAGUCAGAGUAGCUGGAGUAGAGAAUCCAGAGAUCAAAGUCCCUCGGCACCUAUGAAUCGAUCCCGGCAAUGGAACAUCUGAUAUUGUGUUUAUUUUACAUUUCUGGCAGAUUUUGGAGCUGGAAUCAGGCCCUACCAUUCAAUUUUUUUUGUAAAUCUCUGCUCAUUUUUUUUUCAUCUCAAAUUUUCUUUUUGUUCCUGUUCUCCUCUCUGCUAACAAGGUUUUGCAAUGAUAAAAGCUGAUUGAUAUUGUAUUCUCUACAAUUUGGGGCUGAAAAUGCCACACCAUUUCUUUAUAUUCUCAAAUUUUGAGGAGCAACUACAAAUGUAUGUACUAUUCUUUGAACAAUUAUUACAAUUAUUCUCAGUUGUUAAUGGUAAGUAUAUGAAUUUUGAAGAAUGA